UAGUUAUGUAACUGUUCACCUUGAUAAUGAUGAUGAGCACAAUCUGUGGGUUGGUGUCUUUCAUUGGUUUUGGAAAAUUCUCAACCAUUUUUUUUUUGGCUGCUCCGAGUGGCUUGUGGGAUCUUAUUUACCCAACCAGGGCUUGAACCCAGGCCACGGCAGUGAAAGCACUGAGUCCUAACCACUGGACCGCCAGGGAAUUCCCACAAUUUUAAUUUUUUUAUUGACUGUUUCCUAUGAUGCUUUGACAUAGGAAGACCUUUACUACCAGAGCUUCUCUCUAUCCAACAUUCUAAUUCUGAGGCAGAAUUCUCUCUUCUACUUCAGGUUGCCAGAGUCUUCGGCUUAAAGGGCAGCAUAAUGAAACUGAAGCAAGGAUCAUUUCUGUGGUACCUCUAUCUGGAUAAAGUAUAUUGCUUAUUAUCCGUGAGAAAUGUGAAGGCUUUGGUGGAGUAUUUUCACCUUCUUGAUGUGCACCGCAAGAAAACCUUGAAUGAUGUGCUAUUCUACCACUUCCUUCAUCACGUGACUGACCUGAAACGGAACCAGAUCACAAUUGUGUUUAACAUGCUGGACUGGAAUGCUGUGGGCGAGAUUGGUUUUGACCAGUUCUACAUGCUGGUUUGCAUACUGCUGGCACAGGAGAACCAUUUGGAAGAGCAAUUUAUUUUCCGCCAUUCCCGGCCUGUUUUUGAGCUGCUUGACCUGGAUGGGGAGCUGAAAAUUGGCCCAUCCAACUUCCACAUGUACAACUUUCUCUUCAAUAUUAAAAAACAGCAACUCAGAGACCUGUACCAUGACUUUGACAUCACAGGUGACUGUCGUCUUAAUUACAAGGAAUUUAAGCUGUUUACUAUCUUCUCCAUGGACAAAUACCAGGAGAGUCAGAAAGCAGUGAAAGAGGAGAAGAAAGCUCUGCCCGAAAAGGAAGUGUCACAAGUUAAUAUCAACUCUGUCCAUUAG